CUUCAAUAAAUCUAUUUUGUUUACAUUAUAAUGUUUAUGAUUAUUUGUAUGAAAUCUUAUGAAAUUUAAUUUAAAAGAUAGGGUAAUGUAUCAUUACAGUUAUCUGAAAUUUCUUUUAUAAUAUAUCACAGUUCUUGUCAUAUAGGAAGUAAACAAUGUCAGACGACAUAAAGAUCUUGCUGAAGGAAGCCCGUGAGUCUUUUAAACAGAAUGAAUAUCUGGAAACUAUGAAGAAAUGUAAAAAAGUCUUGAAGAAAGAUAAAAACAAUUACACAGCAUUAAUUUUGUUAGCUCGUGCCAUGCAAGAAAUAGAGGAAUUCAAAACACAGGUAGUCUUGGUUCUUCAAAAAGCUGUGGAGAUACAACCAAAUAAUCCAUUAGCUUGGCAAGGUCUAGUGGCAUACUACGAAAAAAUGCCUCAAGAUAAUGACAAUUGGGAAAAGCUGGUUCUAGCUUACUGCAAACUUUUACAGUUGGAUAGUGACUCUCCUAAAUUCACAUAUUUCAUUAAUAAAGUCUCAGAAAUUGUAUUGCGAAUCAAGAAUGAUGACAUACUGUCCCAAGUAUUAGAUACAUUGAGCGUGUUACGAGAAAUUUCUACUAAAGAGAAGACAAGUUUGAUUGAUAAGACUCUAGCAUGGGUUUUAACGGAGUACUCUGAUAAUACUAUGACCAAGUAUCAGGAGUUUUAUGAAGAUAUAUUAGCAUCUGUAAUAAAUGAUACAGAUCUAGUGAAUAGACAAGAAUAUUACAGGAAAUAUUUAAAAAUGUUAUAUGAUUCAAAUAAAUUUACUAUUUUAUUAACUGCAGCUCAAGAUAUGCAUUCUCAAUUUCCACAAGAUGUUUGUCCUUUAGAAUGGAUCUGCCGUGUCUAUUAUGAAGAGGCUAUAUUGAAUGAAAAGGAUCUUGACAUUAAUAUAACUCAGAUUUAUGAAUCUCUUUUAAAGUUGAAUGCAAACUCUGAGGCUGCAUUAAUUGCAAAAGCAGCAUAUUUGAACAGCUCAGAGAAGUUAAUCAAUUCUCGCGAAUGUUUGAAUCAAAUAAUCUUGUUAAAUGCGCAAUUAUUUUAUGCCUGGUUAUUAUUAAGCAAAAUAUAUUAUAAACUUUAUUGCUGGGAACAAACCGAGAAUGCUUCUAAACAAGUAUUACAAUUGAUGAAACCUAAUUUGAAGGACAAAUUAUACUGUAAAGUUAAAUUGAGAUUACUUGAAGCAAUGAGUAGAAGUAAUAACAAGCAAAAGUUGACACAGACACAACAGACAUGUGAAGAGUUAUUGAAGACUGAACCUUCUGUACAUUUGCAAUUGAUAUAUGCACGGAUAAGUGUCUUACUGGAUAAGCCUGAUGCUAUUGUUGUACUAAACAGUUUGGAGUCUCAAGAUGAAGUUAAAGUUCAAGCUCAAGCUUUUAUACUCAAAGCAUUGUACUUAAAGAAGCACAAGCAAUACGAGGAAGCCAUUAACACCCUCGAGCUAGCUCUCAAUAAUUCUGAAGCUUGGUUGAUGUUUGGUAAGAUAUAUUGGGAUAUGGGAGACUAUAAUCAUAGCCUGAUGGCUUUCUUAAAUGGCGUCCAAGCGGAUCGCAAUAAUUGGGAAUGCAUGAUUUAUUUGGGACAUUAUUAUCGCGAACACGGUAAUGAUAUUGAACGUUCGAGAAGAUGUUAUCAUACUGCAUUGCAAAUCAAUCCAAAUUCUGAGGAAGCUGGCAUUGGACUGAGCACAGCUUAUCGGCUUUUGAAGAACACUGAUGCCAACAUACAGCUAUUGCAAAGAGUAACUAUGCAACAAACUGCAGGAGCGAAAUGGGCCUGGCUCCAAUUGGGCCUACAGUAUUUAGAUCAAGGUGAUGCGGGACAAGCUAUCAAGGCAUUACAGCAUGUGAUCAGAGCAGAUCCUAACGACAAUCAUAGCUGGGAAUCUCUGGCGGAUGCGUAUUUAGUGCGCGGUGCUCACACAUCGGCAUUGAAAUCGUAUCAGCGUGCUCUACAAUUGAAUCCAGAAGCCUUGUAUCCUAAGAUACAACUUGCGAAUAUUAAACUGCUCAUUGGUCAGCAUAAAGAAGCCAAAGAGGAUUUCGAGAAUAUAUUAGAAAAUGAUAAACAAUAUAUUCUUGCAUUAAAAGGUUUAGCUCAAGCUUGUUUGGGUCUGGCAAGAGAAAAUAUCACAAAACAAUUUCUAUGUCGCGCGAGAGAAAAUUUACAACAAGCGGCAGAUAAUCUGACAGAUGCUAUUAUGAUACGUAGUGAUCUGUCCUGCAAUUGGAAAUUACUUGGCGAUGUCUGUUUUAGAACAGCUGGUAUGCCAGAAAAAUAUUGCUUUUUAAGAGUCAAACCUAUUUUAAUGAAAUCCGAUAGUAUCGAGGAGCAUAUGAGCAUUAGAGGAAAUGAAAUACUUAGGCUGUCAAUAAGAUGUUUUUGUCGAGCAUUGUCGACCGCACAAAAUUCUGCAUUGUUAUGGCAUGAUUUAGCAUGCUGUUACUCAAUGCAAUUGGAUCGCAAUUCUACACUCAACAAGGACGAUACGGCAGCCAAAUGUCUUGCCGCUGCAAAACAUGCUGUCAAACUAUGUCCACAGUCAUGGCUACAUUGGAACAUUUUAGGCGUAAUUUGCAUAUCACCAUAUAUAAAGAAUUAUGCUCUGGCUCAGCAUUGUUUCAUUAUGGCAAUUGAUCGAGAAUCAAACAAUGCAACAGCUUGGAGUAAUCUGGGAACAUUGUAUCUGCAUCUAGGAGAUAUCUAUAGAGCGAACGAAGCAUUUUCUCGAGCGCAACGUGCGGAUCCUAGUUAUAUAAAUAGUUGGAUAGGUCAAGGAAUAAUCGCGGAAAACUUACUGAGGAAGGAAGCGAUGGAUCUGUUCCGGCAUUCGAUGCAAUUGGGUUAUCACAACGAAGCGGCUUCAGGCUACGCUCAUUGGGUACUCACCACCCUUUUGAAUUCUGCAAUGAAGAGAGAUCCAUUAUUUGUUUACGUUAUCGAAAAGAUGCACGCAAUACCUGCAGCGGCCGAUGCUCUUACGUGGUAUACAGAACAUGUACCAAAUGAUGUUUACGCUCUGAAUACACAUGGUCUGUUAUUGGAACGACUAAAAUUGUAUAACACGGCGGUUAAGCAAUUUAUCAAAGCUUUAAAACUAAGCCAGGUCGAAGAAAAAGACAUGAUAUCCAUAAAUUUGGCACGUGUCUUGAUUCAAAUCGGAAAACAUGAACAAGCAAUCGAGUUAUGUAGACAAGUGAAACAUGGAAGUUUUAAUUCUCAAUGCCAUCUGGCAUUAUCCUUAUUCAAAGCUAAGCAGUACGAAGAAUCGUACAAUAUGUACGAAGCAGCUCUACAUUGGAUGGCGGACACUGAAACGCACAAAGCGAAUGUUUUAUGCGCGAUGGCAGCGAUUGCUUACAUUUUCCAAGGAGCGGAUGCUGUCAAAACUCUGCUAUUCCAAUGCAUACAAAUAAAGCCACCCACCAUAGCUGGUUUCUUGGCAACCGCUGCUUUAGGAAUUCUGCACGACGAUUUCAAUUUGACCUCUUUAGUACUCAAAGAAUUGAAACCAUACACAGAUCACCAUGAAUAUGGUCAUCAUGUUAUCACAUUGUCUGCAUAUUAUCAUGUUAUUCAAGGAAAUCUCACGGAAGCUAUUCGAAUUUUCUCCAAAGCUAUUUUCAGACAUCCUAAUGAUAUUAAGUAUUGGGUUCGUCUUGUUAGAGUCUCAUUGUUGAACAAAAAUUUGGACAUCUUCCGUAAAUGUGCUCAGACAGCAUUGAUUUUAAGCAGAAAUACAUCUAUGACUGAUAUUGUAUAUGUCGCUUGCGCAUCCGCCUACAGUGACUUCGGUACAACAGAAGGCCUUAGGCAGGCUCAAAAAAAUAUAUUUACAUAUCCCACCAAUGUUGAGAGUUGGGCUAAUUUUAUUGCUGCUCUUUUACCUAGAUGUGCAAAUAAGGAUUUUAAAAUUAAUAAUCAAUGGAUAUCGUCAUUAAUAUCCAUAAUAAGAUCACAAUUCCAAACUUCCGAAUAUAUGUCACAAUGGCUGCUUCAUAAUAUACAAGAACUUAAUAACUCUUAAGUUAAUAAAACUUGCAAUUCGUGUGCAUUCUUUUCUUAUGAUUUAUUGUAAAAAUAUAUUUUGUAUGUAUAAUAAAUCUAAGUUAUGUAA